AAAAUAAAUAUAAAAUUACAAUGUGAUGUUUUAAAAUUUAUGAUUUGUAUAAGAAAAAACAACAAUACUACGCGACACUGAAGUUAUGCUAUGCGAUGGACAGGACGAAUUAAUUUAUCGAUUUAUAGCUAUAGGAGAUACUGGCGGCCAACCAAUAGAGCCUUACGUGAGUGAGAUGCAAUUAAAAGUGGCGGAAACAAUGAAAGAAUUUGUCAUAAUCAAUAAAACCUCCGUUUUAUUGCUUGGUGAUAAUUUUUAUGCUGACGGUGUGGAAGAUAUCAAAGACGAUAGAUUUAAAAUAACGUUUGAGAACGUUUAUCUUGGACCUUUAAAGGAUAUCAAUUGGUACGUUAUAGCUGGAAACCAUGAUUACAGGGGAAAUGUGACGGCUCAGAUGGAAUAUCGAAAGAAAUCUGAAAGAUGCGAUGCCCUGUUACGCCUAUUUAGCCGAUAUCGGAUGGUCAAACCAAUACCACGGAUACUAACAAGGGCAUUUAUUAAUUUUAAUAAAUUAUUGAACAUAAGGAAAUAUCCUGAUUUGUAUUACAAGAUUGGUUUAAUGAUAGAUAUUAAGUAUAGAGAUAAUGAAUCGUUGAAGGAGUCCAUAGUAAUAGACGUUUUAAUGUUGGAUACUAAUGUACUCAUCAACAAAGGCUCUAAUGGGUUAGAAGAGGAAAAAUAUGUGAACGAAGACUCUCAAUUGCAUCAUAAACAAUGGUUAUAUAAUCACAUGAGCAUGGCCGAUUUUUUGGUAGUGGCUGGACACCAUCCAAUAUAUUCGUUCGGUGUAGCAGGAGCCACAAAAUUACUACAAUUCUUAAAUCCCUGGCUCAGAGAUAAUAUGGCCUCAUUGUUUAUUUGUGGCCAUGAUCAUGAUUUACAAUAUAUAGAAGAAGACACCGAUAAUAUUACAAUGAAGUAUGCAGUAUUUGGUUCUGGUUCUAAGCUUGACCUACAAAGAAGGAUAUAUCCCUAUGCCAACGAAAGGAAAAUAUUUAGGUAUGCGGAAAAAGGAGGUUUUGGUUUAUUAAAUUUCAUGUAUCCUAGCAAACGCUUGGUGGUGGCGUACUAUAACGAGGAUGGCGUAUUUCUUUACCGAAAGAAAAUCUACAGGAGGAAUCAACAAUUUUAUCAGAAUAAAUAA